CGUGACGCUGCUUCCCCCUCCACCCACUUGCUUCGAUCCGCUUGAAGCAAGUAAUGCACCCGUAUUUUCAUUUCUGUUCAUGAACUUCAUAUAGUUCAUAUUUACCGCAGCUUCUACACACUCCCUUCGCUUGUCCGACUGUCUUCUUUCUCUCCCCCGUACUUGCCCCGUACCCCCCAAUUUAUCUUCUAAUUUUAGAUUGAAACUCAGAAGGCUAUAGCUACCCAUAUAUCUUCUUCACGAGAGGUCGAACAGUGUCGGCGGCGCACGUACUUCCCCUGCGUCUUGUUACCGUACUAGAUCACCAUCACUCCACCGUCCGACUAUGACUGUCGACGUUCUAGACCACGAAAUCAUCAUCGCCACCACAAAGGAACACAUCCAGCAAUGCCUUGAUGUUCGAAUCCAGGUCUUCCAUCACGAGCAAAAAUUCCCCCUUGAAACCGAAAUAGACGAGUUCGACGACCCUCAGGCUGCAACAACCCAUUUCCUUCUGCGGCUCCUGCCUUCGCUCCAGCCAAUUGGAACGAUCCGUGGAGUCAGGUUAUCGUCAAGUUAUUACAAGAUCGGUAGACUCGCUGUACUGGACCAGUAUCGAAAGUUCAAGUUGGGGAAAGAACUCUUACUGGGCUUGCGUGAAUGGGUGAAAAUUGACGCGAGUCCCAUGGCCACUAUGCCCGAGCAUGACGUAUCCGCGAGCGUCGUGUGCCAUUCUCAGAUACCUGUCAAGGGAUUUUAUGCCAAGUUUGGAUAUAUAUCAGAGGGUGCCGAGUUUGAUGAGGAUGGUGAACCUCAUCAGAAGAUGGUCCUUCAGCUCCCUUUGAUGGCUCCAAAGUCUUCUGAUUGAACGAAAUCGUAUUCGUCAGAUGUACGGAGAUGCAAUAUGUGCUAACAAUACAUAAGUGGGGUGCAUAGGUAUUCCCAUUAUACAGUGCUGUCCGAAGAUUGUUCAAAGCAAUAAUAUACUCGAAACACACUAAUAAGCAAAAAGAUCGU